CUCUUUUUUUUCUCCCCAUUCCGGGAUUCCUUUCGCAGGGAAAACACAAAACACUAAAUUCACGCUUUUAAACAUAUUAGCUGGAAACACUUGGAAAGAUGUCACAAAAGAGCACACUUUGAGAGCAGUUCCCACUUGUAAAGAGUCAUUUCUCAGCUCAUUUUGUUGGAACACCUGCCUGACAGGUCGACGCCCUCAUCUGUACAAUUCCUUGUCCAUAAAUAUAUCUUAGAUCAUAACUACUAAUCCAUUAUUCAUAAGUCGAUGAUUCAGAGAGGUCAAAGCUUGCACCCACAUGCCCUGCUUGGGGGCAGAAGAGCAGCAAGAAUCCAAGUAGCCAGAGUCGAACUGCUCCCGAGCCAGGCUGGUCCUCUCGCCACCGGACCAAGCGCGGGGCAGUCGGGGGUUCGCAGCUUCUUGCCAGAGCACGUCUUGAGCGCAGCCGUGGUCUCGCCCGCAGCUCCGCGUAAUCGCACAGAGUUCCCGAUUUUUCGCUUUGUGUCUCGCGAGUUAUCCGAGACUUGUCCGUACCUUCCUCUCGGGGUGGAUCUCAUCUUGGGUCUCAGGUUUCCUGGGCACAGAAGACCCCAGGCUGGGCUCUGGGCUUGCGCAGUCCUGCCUGGAGCCGGACAAAGAACCACCCAAUCCCACGCCUCUCCCAACACUCCUCUCAGCCUGAUUCUAUCCCCUCUGCCCCACCCCACUCCCCCCAUUACACCGCCGACCCAACCCCCAUCCCUAAUCGAGCCGCGCACGCCCUCGCGCCCCAGGUACACUCCGGGUGGCCAGCGGGGGUGGACCGCUCCGGUGAGCUGCUUCAACGGAGGCAAAACCUGGAAGCCGUCUUUCAGAGCCCUAGGAGCCAGGAAAGGAGCGCGAACCCCAAGCCGGCCCACUCGCCACGGCGCACGAGAGAGCUCAGCGAAGCGGGAGCCCAUCCUGUAAUUCAAACAGUCGAACAAGUCCGAAACAAAACCCUCAGUCCGGAACCGUCCCGCCAGGACUCGUUUCCCAUCCUCAUCCCUCAGAGCCCGAAUCUGGCUCGUCUGUGCCCGCCCCCCCAAGAUGGAGCUGAGCCGCGGAUGUCACCGCUUCGCCCCCACCGCUCCCCCCGCAGGACCAGGGCCCAUUCGCCCCCCUGCCGCAUCCCGGCUCCGGGGAGGUG